AACGUUUCCCUUUUUUCCACCUCUAAAGCAGACCGCGUGUUUUUGCUGUGGAUUCUCUCUUUAUUUUCUUUUCAUCGCGUGGAAAAUAAAGAAAUCCUGCAAAGAUGAGUCUGUACAACUUCAAGAAAAUCAUGGUGGUUCCGCCGGCCAAGGACUUUAUCGACAUUAUGCUGUCGAAGACACAGCGUAAGACCCCGACAGUCGUCCACAAAGGCUACAAGAUAUCCCGAAUCCGGGCGUUCUACACCAGGAAGGUCAAGUACACUCAGCAGAACUUCCACGACCGUUUGUCGCAGAUCAUUCAGGAUUUCCCCAAGCUGGACGAUGUGCAUCCCUUCUACGCGGAUCUGAUGAACGUGCUGUACGACAAGGAUCAUUACAAGCUGGCGCUGGGUCAGCUGAAUACAGCCAGGCAUUUGGUGGACAACGUGGCCAAGGACUAUGUGCGUCUGCUGAAGUACGGCGACUCUCUGUACCGUUGCAAGCAGCUGAAGAAGGCUGCCUUGGGUCGCAUGGCCACUAUUUUGAAGCGUCAGGCCUCCAACCUCACGUACCUGGAGCAGGUGCGUCAGCAUCUGUCACGUCUGCCCACCAUCGAUCCCUAUUCGCGCACCAUCAUCAUCUGCGGCUUCCCCAACGUGGGCAAGUCCUCGUUCAUCAACAAGAUCACACGUGCCGAUGUGGAGGUGCAACCGUAUGCCUUUACCACCAAAUCCCUGUAUGUGGGCCACACAGAUUACAAAUACCUGCGCUGGCAGGUGAUUGACACACCCGGCAUCCUGGAUCAUCCGCUGGAGGAGCGUAAUGUGAUUGAGAUGCAGGCCAUUACUGCCUUGGCACAUCUGCGUGCCUGUGUCCUGUACUUCAUGGACAUCUCCGAGCAGUGCGGUCACUCGCUGGAGGAGCAAGUCAAGCUGUUCGAGAGCAUCAAGCCGCUGUUCACCAACAAGCCCCUGAUUCUGGCCAUCAACAAGGUUGAUAUUCUCACACCCGAUGAUCUGCCAGCUGAGCGAAGGGAGAUCAUUACCAAGCUGCAAGAGGAUAAAAAUGUGCCCGUGAUGCUAAUGUCCACAGUGCAGGAGACUGGCGUGAUGGAGGUUAAAACAGAAGCCUGCGAGAGGCUGCUUUCGUACCGCGUUGACCAGAAGAUGCGCACCAAGAAGGUGGACAACAUUUUGAACCGCCUGCACGUGGCCAUGCCAGCGCCGCGCGACGAGAAACUCCGUGCUCCCUGCAUCCCAGAGCAGGCUUUGGCCCGCCUCCAGGAGAAUGCCGACAAGGCGGAACGCAAACGCAAGCUGGAGAAGGAGAUCGAGGAGGAGAUGGGCGAUGAUUACACGCUGGACCUCAAGAAGAACUAUAGCGAGAUACCCGAGGAGGAGCGCUACGAUGUUAUACCCGAGUUCUGGGAGGGUCACAACAUUGCCGACUACAUCGAUGCCGACAUCUUCGAGAAGCUGGAAGAGCUGGAGCGCGAGGAGGGUCUGCGGGAGGAUAGUGGCAUCUACAACGUGCCCGAUAUGUCCAUGGACCAGACACUCAAGGAGAUUCGCGAGAUGGCCAAGCAGAUCCGAGGCAAGCGCUUCGAGCUGCGCGACGAGAAGCGUCUGUCAUCCAGGAAGAACAAACCCGUCAUUCCGCGUCACAAGCAGCCCAAGGUGCGCGACCGUUCUGUCAACAAACUGGUGCAGACAAUGGAGGGUCUGGGUGUGGACAUGUCCGGCAGCGAGACGGCCAACUUCACCAAGUCCGUGGUCGAUUUGCGUCGUGCCCAGGUGGCCGUUGGCUCCAAAAAACUAGCCAAGCAGCCGCUGCUCGACAAGGAGUCCUCUGCGGUGGUAAAGAAGACUGGAAUGCCGCUGAAGCGAGCUCCAUCGCGCGACACACUGGGUAUCAAGAAUCUGGCCAUUCGCAAGAAGGCACAGAUUAUGGCCAAGCGGGACAUUGCCAAGAAGGUUACCAGGAAUACACUCAAGGGAGAGGCGGAUCGCUUCAUUGGCACCAAGAUGCCAAAGCAUUUGUAUUCGGGCAAGCGUGGAACGGGCAAGACGGAUCGCCGUUAAGUUUUGCCGCCUUGGCUGGUUAAGUGAUUCUACCUGGUAUAAUUUAAGCGAUGUAUCUUUAUCCUUCAUAAAUAGCCUUCUUUAAAUACAAAAUUUGUAUUUUUACAAAACAGAAAAACGA